CCCUCCAGACAACAACAUACACCUUUUGAGUAGAGGCGCGUCAGUGACACAAGCGCGGUCCAAUAAUUUGUCUGUCUGGUUACGGACAGAGAGCGUGAGAGCUUGUCGGGGCCCAAUCAGCGCUUUUGUAUUGCCUGCCAGUGCCGGGGACUGACUGGUUGUGAGGAUUUACUGCAGCGCCCCAGGAUCCCAAAGCCAAACCCGAAGCCAGUGGAACCUGCGGGGUGAAGGCGAGUCAGUCCAUUAUGGAGCGACUGAAUGAGGAGGCGGUGCGGCUGAGCCUGCUGAAGCGAGGCCUGGACUCCUCCUCGCCUGCAGGUGGCGCCACGAGCAGUGAGCGAGACGAGCUGCUCUCCAAACGCAUCAAGAUGGAGGGCCACCAAGCCAUGGAGCGCCUCAAGAUGCUGGCCUAUCUGAAACGCAAGGACCUGGCCAGCCUGGAGGGGGGAGUGUUGGGAGGGGUCUCAGGAGGCGGGGCUCUAGGGGGUGAGGUCAAGGGUCAUGGGUCUUCAGGGGGAGGGGCUUAUGAGGAGAAGACCAAUGGGAGCCUCCGUGGUCAAGUUGUGGGAGCCCAUGGCAUGGUGGGAAAGAGCGGGAAGGAGAACAUGGGCGAGGAGCCGGUGGAUUUCAGCGCCCGGAGAGGUGACGUUGACCGGGAGCGACACACACCCUCCCCUGAUGUGAUCGUCCUGUCAGACAAUGAGGCGUCCAGUCCAAGAGGGCCCAGCCAAGGGGAAGAACGCCUGAGGGUAGCGAACCUGGAGAUGUUUAAGGGUAAGACAGGGGAGGAGAGGCAGAAGAUGAUCAGGGCUCUGAGAGAGGAGCUGAGGCUGGAGGAGGCCCGGCUGGUGCUGCUGAAGAAGCUGAGGCAGAGCCAAAUGCAGAAGGAGAACCUGGUGCAGAAGGUCCCUGUGGUCCAGAACACAGCGUCUGCCCUCCAGAGCGGUGCGGUCCACGGGGCUCAGAGCAUGAGCAAGAUGUCUGGCCGCCCUGGCCACCACACCCCAGAGCCCCAGAACCAUCGCACUGCACAGGUGGGCUACAGCAUUGCACAGGGUCACUCAGUGAUCAGGUCAGCCACCAACAGCUCCAUGUCUCAGAUGAUGAUGUCACAGAGCAGGGUGAUAGCGCCCAAUCCUGCCCAGCUGCAGGGCCAGAGGCUGGCACAGCAGAAGCAGGGUGGCAUGCGCUCCUCGACUGGCAGCUCUAACAACGCCGUUAGCUACCAGCAGUCUUCCACCCAGCAGGUGGCAGCUUCUCAGCGCUCUGGCUCCUCCUCCUCCUCGGCCAUCUACAUGAGCUUGACCCACAUGCAGGCGGCCGGAGCCGCGGGAGGUGUCAGUGGGGUGUCGGGGGUGGGGGCGGUCAGCCCCUCAGCCACACACAGCCCAGGGGGGACAUCGGUGGGCUCCUCCAUGGUAGACACAGCCAGUAGCCAGGCGGCCGCCAAGCUGGCCCUGAGGAAGCAGCUGGAGAAAACCCUGCUGGAGAUCCCGCCUCCCAAGCCGCCAGCGCCGCUCCUCCACUUCCUGCCGUCAGCGGCCAACAGCGAGUUUAUCUAUAUGGUGGGCCUGGAGGAGGUUGUGCAGAGUGUCAUUGACAGUCAGGGUAAACUGCGUUUGCCCUCCUCCAUGGAACCCUUUUCUUGUGCCCAGUGCAAGACGGACUUCACCCCUCACUGGAAGCAGGAGAAGGGUGGGCGCAUACUCUGCGAGACCUGUAUGUCAUCCAAUCAGAAGAAGGCACUGAAGGCCGAGCACACCAAUAGGCUGAAGAACGCCUUCGUUAAGGCUCUACAGCAGGAGCAGGAGAUUGAGCAGAGAAUCCAGUUGCAAGCCGCUCUUGCCACCAGUUCAGCUCAAACUGUUCCAAGCGUCAGUAAGGCUGAGUCCAUGAGCAGACAUCACACACACAGACAGGCGCCUCAGCCCCAGGUGACCCAGUCACAGGCCUCCCUCCAACGGGGUCUGUCUGGCUCGGCCCGGGGUGUUCUGUCCAACUUCGCCCAGGCUUCCCAGCUCUCAGUAGCCAGCAGCCUGCUGGGCAUGACUGGAAAGCGCAGUGGACAGCUGAGCACUAGUGGGCACAGCCGGGCACAGCAGCAACAGCAGCAACAGCAGCAGCAGCAGCAGCAUCACGACAACCGCCGCCAGCUCUACAGCAUCCCUGGGGUGAACAUUGCCUACCUGAACCCAGGCAACGUGGUCGGCCACAAGGGGUCGAGCCUGGCUGACCGCCAGAGGGAAUACCUGCUGGACAUGAUCCCGCCUCGCUCCAUAUCCCAGUCCAUCAGCGGACAGAAAUGAUCCUCACCCCGCCCCGACGCAAUACCACAGCCCUUCCCCACACCACACCCCAACCCCCAUCGCAUGCAGUGCCUGUUAGUGUGCCUACCAAACUAACCUGUAUGAAGAACACAAUCAACGAGUCAAAAGAGGCCACCAAACUCUGAAAUGACUUUUCAUUUGAACGUGAUGCAAACCUCUUUUAAUUCCUCUUGUUAUUAAUAUCGUCAUUAGUGCUAUGGAUGUUGUUACUACAUUGCCGCUACCAGUUAUGAGCGUGCCCAUCUUUGUGGAGAACCCCUGUCUUUAUAUGCUUGUGGCAGUGUCCCGAGUGUGGGGUGUCUUUUGUUUUUGAUUUAUGCGCUUGUUUUUGAAGCAAUAUUUUGUCUCGCUUGAGCUUUCCUUACCGGACUCAAGUCUUUGUUAUGUCGGGAAUUACCAAGCUUUCUUUUUGAGAACUGCACCACUCUCCAAUCCCUGCUCUUAGUCUGAUUUAUGAUUUCAACCAUCACUCGGUUUUUCCACAUUUGGUUGUGAAUUGUUGGAGGAGGAAUUCUACCAGCCCGGCCAAACCUUUGUUUUAAAAAGGUGAUUGUGAUGGUUUAACUUUGACCUGAAUCUGUCAAGCCUUUGAGCUUGAGCUUUCUUCAAAGAUUUGUGGGGAGAAAAGAGGAUGUUUGAGACCCUGGAGUUGUCUGGAGCAAUGCUCCUCUAACUGAUUGUUGAAACAAGGAUGGAUACAUAUCCCACAAAGAGAGAGAGCCCAAUGCACCAUUUGGACUUGGAUUGGAUGGAUUGGGGGCUGUAGUUCAGAAGUUAGUAUCCUAAAGCAUAUAUAAUUGAUGGGGUAUUGAUUGGAGAUAUCAUUUAGAGGGUUUUGAUUGGCAGAGAGAUCAUGUGAUCGUACGUAAUUGGCUGAGAGAUCAGGUGAUAAGGUUGUUAUUUAAUUGGAGAGGAUGCAGGUAUUGGAUUUGGUGGGAGGGAUCAUCCUUAGACUGAAAAUUGAAGUGGUUUCCAAUAGGACCAUGGUUUGUACUUAUUUAGGAGUGGGAAUGAGGGGGGGGGGCACAGGUGUUGAUCCCUCUCUCCCCUGUUUUCAUCUCCUAGCUAAUUGUUCUCUCUACCCUGUCAUUCAAAGUUCUGGAUUCCGUUUAGAUACUAUUUGAACUUUCUUAUGUCAACAUUAUCCCCAUGGUGUCUGGGAGGCAUUUGAAAAUGGUCAGGGAGAGUGGCUAGCUAUUAGCUUUAAGCCUGCUCUAAGCUAUUUAGGUGUUUGGUGUCUUCUGAAGUGUUAGUGUAUCUGAAAGGUACUUUGCACAGGAGACAAUAAAUAAAUACAGAAUGACAAAUGCAACUUGAAUAUUUACAUAAAUCAAACAGUUAUAUAGGAGACAUAUACAGGAUAUACAGUAACAGUCAAAAGUUUGGGCACACCUACUCAUUCAAGGGUUUUUCAUUGUUGUUCUACAUUGUAGAAAAUAGUUAAGACAUCAAUACUAUAAAAUAACACAUGGAACCAUGUAGUAACCAAAAAAGUGUUAAAGAAAUCAAAUUAUAUUUGAGAUUCUUCAAAGUAGCCACCCUUUGUCUUGAUAACAGCUUUGCACAAUCUUGGCAUUCUCUCAACCAGCUUCACCUGAAAUUAUUUUCCAACAGUCUCGAAGGAGUUUCCACAUAUGCUGAGCACUUGUUGGCUGCUUUUCCUUCAAUCUGCGGUCCAACUCAUCCCAAACCAUCUCAAUUGGGUUGAGGUCGGGUGAUUGUGGAGACCAGGUCAUCUGAUGCAGCUCUCCAUCACUCUCUUUCUUGGUCAAAUAGCCCUUACACAGCCUGGAGGUGUGUUUUGGGUCAUUGUCUGUUGAAAAACAAAUGAUAGUCCCACUAAGCGCAAACCAGAUGGGAUGGCGUAUCGCUGCAGAAUGCUGUAGCCAUGCUGGUUAAGUGUGCCUUGAAUUCUAAAUAAAUCACUGACAGUGUCUCCAGCAAAGCACCAUCACACCUCCUCUUCCAUGCUUCAAGGUGGGAACCACACAUGCAGAGAUCAUCCGUUCACAUACUCUGUGUCUCACAAAGACAUGGCGGUUGGAAACAAAAAUCGCAAAUUUGGACUCAUCAGACCAGUCUCCUCUGAACAGUUGAUGUUGAGAUGUGUCUGUUACUUGAACUCUGUGAAGCAUUUAUUUGGGUUGCAAUUUCUGAGGCUGGUAACUAAUGUACUUAUCCUCUGCAGCAGAGGUAACUCUGGGUUUUCCUUUCCUGUGGUGGUCCUCAUGAGAGCCAGUUUCAUCAUAGUGCCUGAUGGUUUUUGCGACUGCACUUGAAGAAACUUUAAAGUUCUUGAAAUGUUCUGGAUUGACUGACCAUCACGUCUUAAAGUAAUGAUAGACUGUCGUGUGUCUUUGAUUAUUUGAGCUGUUCUUGCCAUAAUAUGGACUUAGCCCUAUUUGGUAAAAGACCAUCUUCUGUAUACCACCCCUACCUUGUCACAAUACAACUGAUUAGCUCAAACGCAUUAAGAAGGAAAGAAAUUCCACAAAUUAACUUAACAAGGCACACCUGUUAAUUGAAAUGCAUUUCAGGUGACUACCUCAUGAAGCUGUUUGAGAGAAUGCCAAAAGUGUGCAAAGCUAUCAUUAAGGCAAAGGGUGGCUACUUUGAAGAAUCUCAAAUAUAAAAUAUAUUUUGAUUUGUUUAACACUGGUUACUACAUGAUUUCAUAGGUUUUAUGUCUUCACUAUUAUUCUAUAAUGUAGAAAAUAGUAAAAAUAAAGAAAAACCCUUGAAUGAGUAGGUAUGUCCAAACGUUUGACUGGUACUGUACAUAAGCACUUAGGUACAGAGAGUAAGGAUAUUGUUUUUUGUCCACCAGGAAUCCAGGAUGAAUUGAUAGAUUAUUAUUGAAUUGAUUAUUGUUCCAUCUCAUGAUAAUUGUGGCUCUAUUUCAGCAAUGCCUGAUGUUGAAUUAUUUCAGGAUCAAAUUUGGAAUUAACUAAUACUGGUGCAUCCAUUUUAAAGCAGCAGGAAAUAUUAAUUAUAAUUAUUAUUAUUUUUUUCUUGCAAGCAGGAGUUGCCUGGUUAUUGCCUCUUAUACCCUGCAGUUUAAAAUGUCAAAUAAACAUAUUGCCAGAGAGCAGUGGCUUACUCCUUGCCCUUUUUGAUAAACUUCAAAAGCAGGUGCAAUAUUUUGAGACACAGGGAAGAUAAAGUUAAUUUGAGUAUUUGUGCUGAAUGUUACUAUUUUAUCCAUUUUGUAUCCCAACUAGUUAGGUAGCCUUACUCCCAUAUACAGUAAUAUAAGCACUAUUUCUGUUGCACCCAGAUGGAACAGAUGUUGUAUUGGCCGUGUUCAGUAAGCACCAAACUGAAGCAAAUAUUUUAAACAGAGGUAGUACUACCUGCACUUGUCCUAUAGGGGAUUUCAUUUAUGUUGUCCGUUUGUUUGAAAACCUUUCCUAUUGUUUGUGCCUAAUGAACACGACCCAGGGUUUGCCGUAGUCCAAUAACACAGAACACUCCACAGCUAGAUCACUGUUUGGGAUGAACAAUAGUGUCAAUAGUGACACUCACUGUUUUUGAUAGUUUUCUUUGUCCUCUUUUGUUGUAUGUAUGCGUUAUAGACUUCAUCAUCAAUCUUUCUCGCUUUCUCAAACUAUGCCAGAUGCACCAUUUCAAAAUGUUUGUUUUAAAGAAACUAGAGAAAAACAGGAAAAAUAUCAUUUUCAAAUGUAAUUUUUGUAAGGUUUCAAACAUUUAAAAAAAACUACAUUUUGCUGAUCUGUCUUUUGAUUUCAUUUCUGUCAAUUUUUUACAAAAAAAUGGGGGAAAGGAAAAAUCAAGAAAUAUAAUUAACUAAAGAAAUUGAAAUUGUCAGGUAAUAUUAUCUCAAACGGCUGUAGUUAUAAUAAUGAUCUAUUUAUUGUACAUAAGCGUUCCUCCUUUGUGGAAUAAGACACAUUGAAUUCAAGUUGGGUAUACAUUGUAUAGAAAAACUAACAAAAAGCCAUGGAUAUUGUGAAGCUUGUCAUUUUGUUUAUUGAUCAUUCCUGUGCCACAAAUGUGCAAAAAUGUGUGGGGUUUUUCUAUUUACUAUCAAAAGCAUUCUCAACUUUCUAUAUCUUGUUUUCUAGUACUUAGAGGCAGUAGGAUCAUAUUUUAUGGAGAGUUGUUUGAUCUAUCCCAGGACCACUUUGUCUAUACAUUGUAUGAAGUGCUCCGCUGUUAUUACAUGCUUUACUUUCAGCAGCAUUGAUGUUCAGUUAGCGAUUAGUUAAUAUUAUUAUCAUUAUCCUCGUAAAAAUUAUUGUAAGGCUUGGCGUAGAUCAGACAACUGGAAUGGGACAUUUCAUUAUCUUUUUUUUUCUCCUAGUAUAUAUUUUCCAGGGAAAAGCAGUGCAUGGUCCACAUAUAAGUAAGAAAGAGACUCAUGAGAUGAACUACCCGCUGUGUGUUUAAAAUACAGUCCUAAUGGAUAAGCUAUGUGCUAACCUAGCCAUGGUCAUGAAGCGAGUCUUCAAAUACACGUUUUAAAAGAUGAAGGAGUACUAGAUGUUGUGUCAAACAGAACUUUGAAUACUCUCAACAACACAACGCAAUACUGUCACAAUAUGACUCCAAUGGCUUGCAUCAUAUUCUGUCAAUAAAGUUUAAGCGAUGUUUUCAAGUA